AUGUACACACCGUCCUCCACCGAAUCGCCCAGAAGAGCCUCACUUCCUCCCGACUACCUGGCAUAUGAAGGUGACACUAGAGACCCAAAGCUUCCCUUAUCCCGGCGCAUCAUCGACAGUUUCAAAAGAGACCCGGCACAUGUCCACACCAUCACACCACGGGGAGCAGUAGGUAGCGAUGGGAAGUUGUUCGACGUCGAGGGCGCUGCUGAGGCGACGGCGACGUCGCCUUUAUUGCGGAAGUUGAAGGGAAGGCAUUUGCAGAUGAUUGCAAUCGGAGGCUCAAUAGGAACUGGUCUUUUCGUCGGAUCAGGAAGUGCGUUGGCACAAGGUGGCCCAGCUUCAUUAUUGCUGGCUUUCUUGUUGGUUGGGAUCAUGAUGUAUUGCACCGUCCAUGCUCUGGGGGAAAUGGCGGUGCUCUUCCCCGUCGCUGGAUCCUUUUCCGCAUAUUCCACGCGGUUUUUAGAUCCAGCCUGGGGGUUCGCCAUGGGUUGGAACUAUGUCCUCCAGUGGCUCGUCGUUCUACCCCUCGAGAUCGUCGCCGCCUCGCUCACCAUUGAAUUUUGGAAUCAUGGCAGGAUCCACAGCGGUGCCUGGGUUGGCAUCUUCCUCGUCCUUAUCGUCAUCAUCAAUCUUUUCGGGGUCAAAGGCUACGGUGAAGCGGAAUUCGUUUUCAGCAUUAUCAAGAUCACCGCGGUCAUCGGCUUCGUCAUCUUAGGCGUUAUCCUCAACCUGGGCGGGGGUGAGGACGGCUCCUACAUUGGCGGUCGCUACUGGCGCGAUCCUGGCGCCUUUAAUAAUGGCUUCAAAGGCCUCUGCUCCGUCUUCGUUGUUGCUGCCUUCGCCUUCGCAGGGACCGAACUGGUUGGCCUUGCUGCCGCCGAAACCGCGAAUCCGCGUAAAUCACUUCCGACCGCGGUUAAGCAGGUCUUCUGGCGUAUCACCCUCUUCUACGUCGUCUCCCUUCUGCUUGUGGGGCUACUCGUCCCCUACAAUGAUGAGCGACUCCUUGGGAACCCCGAGCUCUCUAUUGACACGAAUGCCUCGCCUUUUGUCCUCGCCAUUCAAAACGCUCGCAUCGAAGGCCUCCCCUCCGUCAUGAACGCUGUAAUCAUGAUUGCGGUCCUCUCCGUUGGCAAUUCAUCCAUCUACGGCAGCUCGCGCACAUUGGCCGCGCUCGCCGAGCAAAACCAAGCGCCGCGAAUUUUCGCCUAUAUCGACCGACAAGGUCGCCCCAUCGUAGGUAUCGGCCUCGCGUCCGCACUCGGCCUGCUCGCCUUCCUGGCCGGCACCAACCGGGAACAGGACGCCUUCAACUGGAUGCUCGCCAUCUCGGGCCUAUCCAGCAUCUUCACCUGGGGCUCCAUCUGCCUCGCGCACAUCCGCUUCCGCAAGGCGUGGAAGGUGCAGGGCCAUACGCUCGACGAGCUGGCGUUCCGCAGCCAACCCGGCGUGAUCGGCUCCUGGAUUGGGUUCAUUUUCAAUGUGCUCGUCCUCAUCGCCCAGUUCUGGAUCGGGUUUGCGCCGGUGGGAUACGCCGACAAGACGCCGCGCGAAAACGCCGAAGCUUUCUUCUCCGUCUAUCUGGCCGUUCCGAUCGUCAUCGCGUUCUAUCUGCCGUACAAGUUGUGGCUGCGCACGAGAGUCGUGAGGAGCCAUAAUAUGGAUCUCCAUACCGGGAUUCGAGAGCUGAAUCUUGCAGAGCUCGUGGCGGAUGAGAGGGCGGAGAGGAAGUCCUGGCCGAGAUGGAAGCGAUUCUACAAAUACUUCUGCUAA